GGUAUUCCUAUUAUUAUAUAUUAUUUUAUGAUAAUUGUAUGUAAAUUUAUAACAGUGAACCCUCAUAUUAAUUUCAACUAUUAUUAUGGUUACAUAUUAUAAGUUUCACUUACUAGAUAGAAGUAAUGAAUGGAUAAACACGUGCCUAUCUCUGGAAUUAUGAUUUCAUGGACAAUUAAAUAAUAUUUAAAUCCAAUGCUGCAUUGAUGACCUCGAUGUGAACAUAUAAAUCAUUGUACAAAAGAAAUUCAUUUAUAACUUAAUUUCAUAGCUAUACACUCUUGUCAUGUAACAAUUUUGGGUUGAAGAAGGAAUACCUUACAUAAAUAAUGUAUUUCAAAUCUUAUCUAUAUGUUGCAAUAAGAAAAUGUUUGCUAGACAUUUAUAUCAACAAUUGAAAAGAAAUUUGGAAUGAACUUUAAUAAAAUAAAUAUAAUUAAUACAAGUAAUAUUAAAUUAAAAUAUUACUAUAUUAUAUUAAAGAAUGUAUGAAGCACGAAGGAAAAUUUUUUGGUUUGCAAUAAUUAGUAGAAUAAUAGUCUUAAGUUUACAAUUUAUCUUUAAUUUGUUAUGUCCUGAUCAUGAUGCAGAUGCAUUUAAAAGUCCUACUGAUAAUUCUGAACAAAUUUCAUUAUAUGACAGUUUAAUAACAAUUUUAUUUGGCGGUCUUGCACGAUGGGAUGGUGAAUAUUUUUUACAUAUUGCAAAAUAUGGUUAUACAUAUGAAAAUACUUUAGCUUUUUAUCCAUUGUAUCCUUUGUUAAUUCGAAUUAUUUCUGUUCCCAUAAAGAAUAUAUUUUUUGUGUUAAAUAUUCAUAGUUCUGUACUUAUUGCAGCUAUGUUAGUUAAUGUUAUAUGUUUUGUAAAAUCUGCUGUUAUAUUUUAUGAUCUCAGUAAGACAGUGUUAAAAACAACAAAUGUAGCUUAUAAAGCUGCAAUAUUGUAUUGCAUAAAUCCAGCUACCAUAUUUUUUUCAGCUGCUUAUUCAGAAUCUUUAUUUGCAUAUUUAACGUAUUAUAGUAUGUUAAGAUCCAUUAAAUUAGAUCCAUAUGUAUCUUUUCCAAUAAGUUUAUCCAUUCUUACAAGAUCUAAUGGUGUGAUUAAUAUUGGUUUUCCUAUAUAUUAUCAGUUGCAAAAAUUAUCCUAUGAUUAUUCAAAAAAACAUGCAAACUUUUCAUUAAAAACAUUCUGUCAAUUUAUGUUUAAAGCAAGCACUUUAAAAAGUUUUUGUAUAAUGUUUAAUAUAAUAAUUAUAUCAAUAAUUCCAUUUAUUUUACUACAAAUACAUAAUUAUCUUAUGUUUUGCAUUCCUAACUUAAAUUUAAUAUUUAUUCCUGAACAUAUUGUUAAUUUCGGUAUAAUGAAUAAUUUAGUAUUACCUGGUAAUAGUUAUGUAGAAUGGUGUCAUUUAAAAAUUCCAAUGGCAUAUUCUUAUAUACAAAAGAAGUAUUGGAAUUUGGGAUUUUUGAAUUAUUAUGAAAUAAAACAAAUACCAAAUUUUAUCUUAGCAUUUCCAAUAUUGUAUAUUAUGAUGAAAUGUAUAAAAGAAUUUUUUUUUGAACAUAAAAAGUAUUUCUAUACAUUAGGAUUUAUUAAAAAUACUGAAGAUAAUGUACAAACUGAAAGAAAAAAAUAUCCAAUUGAAAUGUUAGUAUUUGUUAUUCAUGGUUUAUUUUUAAAUAUUUUUUGUAUUUUAUUUGUACAUAUUCAAGUAAGUACUCGUUUAAUAAGUUCAGCAAGUCCUUUAAUAUAUUGGUAUUGUGCUUUAUUAAUAUGCUAUACAUCUUAUAAUAAUGAUAAUUUAUAUGAUGAGAAGGAAAACGUAUUUUCUAAAUGGAAAAUAUUUUUCUUAACAAAGAAGGAGUACAGUUUGAAGGAUAAACUUAUAUUUUCCUAUUUUCUAGGAUAUGGAAUUGUAGGUUGUUUUAUGUUUUCAAACUUUUUACCAUGGACAUAGUUUAUAUAGAUGCGCAUAUUGUAAUGAAUAUACAUAUGAAUAUAUGUACAAAAAAUGUAAAAUGUCACUGUACAAAAAACGUAUAAUUAAAUAUAAAUAUAAUGUACAUUAUUGUAUUAUUAAGUAAAUAAU